AUGGAACCUUAUGAAAGGCGCGAUACGGAUGGUAAUCAUUUCUGCGUUACUAAAUGAUUUUGCUGAUUUUAACUAUUUUUUUAAAUUUUUUAUUAUCAAGGAGAAGAUUACAUGCGUGCCAUGGAAGCCACAAGAAAACAUUUGCCGAAUUUGCGAAAGAUAAUUGAUAAGUGGAAAUAUUUAAAUAUUCAGAAGCAACAUGCGGAAAUGUUAAUAGCUUUGUAUAAAAUGCUAGACACAAAAGAGUAAGUAUACUAAGUUAUUUAUUUCCUAUGUUAGUAUUCUGAAAUUUUGAUGUUUUUAUCGUUGUGGUUCAACAUUUUUAAAUUCUUCAAGAUUAAUCUAGCCCGUUUUUCUUGGUUUUUACGAAUGAUGUUUGUAGUGCAAUGAGCGUAAUAAUUGGUUUCUUUUCAAUGAAAAAUAAAACUGCAAUAAAAAUUACACGUUUACUUGAUUAACUAAAAGUAUGGUUAAUAAUCUGGUUAAUAUUAUAUCUAAAUAUACACAUAAUUUAGAGGAAUGAAAUUUAACAUUUUUUUUUUUGUCAUUGUACUGAUUAUUUAGUUAUGUAAAGGUUUUGUAUUUAGUAUAUUUAAUUCUUUGCACAAUAUUCAUUAAAUUAUAAAAUCUAAAAAAUAAAUGAUUACUUUUCUUUUUAAUGUAUUAAUAUAACAAAGUUAAUCUUAAUUUAUUAUUAAAAUCAGUGUUUAUAGUUUGAAGCUUGUACACUGUUUAAAGUAAAUUCAUAAUGUACAUAUAUUUUUUUGUAAUUAUUUAAACCACAUGCUCUAAAUUUAUAUUUAUGAAAUUUGUUUAUAAAAACCUUAUGAUGUUAAAACCUUAUUAAACUACAAAAAUUUGGUAUUGCAAUAAUGAAAAAUACAAUAAGUAAAUUUUAUUGAAUUUAAUAUUAAACUUCAAUGAAAACAUUUAAAUGAAAACAAAUUAACAUUCAAUUACAUAUAACUUUGUUAGUAGAACCUAAUCUAGUUUGGUUUUUAUAAUUUAAAGUUUUAAAUUUAAUCAACUAUAACACAUUUCAUUGUUAUAUCUUUCUUAUAUUCACUUGCUUAUUAUCUUUGUUGAUGUGCAGUACUGAUUUUGCUGAGGAUUCCGAACAAAAAAAAUUAUUUUGUUAGAGUGAAAUAAUUCACUUUUGUUACAGAACUAAUCCCUUUUUUUACUUCUCAAGUUUGUUAUAAAAUAUCACUUUCAAUUUCUUUUUGUUCUCAAAUGUAAUUUUGUAAAUGUUUGGUUUUUUUCAAUAUUGUUUACCUCAAUUAUUGAAAGUCUAUUGUGUAAACUUAGUUCUGUUUCGAAUCCCUUAGUAAUACAGGUACUACAAUAUUUACCAUAUUUGAAGAUACGAAUUAAAUUUAUAAGUAUAAAUAUUAUUUAUAUAAGUAACAACUUAAUUGGUAUGUAUAAAAACACUGAUUUUAAAAAUGAAUUAAUAUAAUUUUAAUUUUAUUAACAUAUUAAAAAGAAAAAAAAUAGAUUAUAUUACAGAUUAAAAUAUUUAAUAAAUCAUGUGCUUAUGAAUAAAAUAUAAUACAUAUAAUCCUUCAUCUAACAAAGUAAUGAGAACAAUGAAAAAGGACGAACUGGAAUAAUGGGCACAGGUGCAGCUAUUGUUAUGGGUAAUAUAAUAUUUACCUGUAAGCAAUAAAAAACCAUUGCUUACGAAAAACGAUUCUGAGCGGAGUUCAGUUGAUAGUGAUGCAUUGUCAAUAAUAUACAUACACACCAUAUUGUAGUAAAAUAAUUAAAUAGGCUUUAUAUAUUUUCUUUAAUUAUAUUUACUUAAUAUUGUACUGAUUUUCCAGUUUUCCUAAGUUUUCCCAGUGUUCCCAAAUUUCAUCUAAUUUUUCAUGACCAGUAUUGAUUUUUGUAGGGAUUCUGAACAAAAUAAAUUUUGUCCACUUUGUUACAGAAAUAAUCACUUUUUUUUUACUUCUCAGGUUUGUUCUAGAUUACCACUUUCAAUUUCUCUUUGUUCUCAAAUGUAAUAUUACAAUUAUUUGGUUUGUUUAAUAUUGUUUACCUCAAUUAUUGAAAGUCUAUUAUGUAAACUUAAUUCUGUUUUGAAUCCCUUAAUAAUGUAGGUACUACAAUAUUUACCAUAUUUGAAGAUAAGAAUUAAAUUUAUGUAUAAAUAGUAUUUAUACAAGUACCAAAUAAAUUAGUAUGUAUAUAAACAUUGAUUUUAAAAAAUAAUUAAUUAGUUAACUAUUAAACUAUUAGAAACAUUGCUGUCAUUGAUAAUUGGAGCAAAUUUGCUGGUAGAAAAGAUGUCCCCAGGAUAAAAGAAGGGUGUAAUAUAUUUUAAUUAUACCUACAUAUCUUAUAUUUUCCACAGUCUUUUUUACAGUGUAUUAAAUUUAAUGAGAACACUUCUGAGAAUAUCGAAAAAUGAAAUCUUUAAGGGAGCCCUGCAUCGAUUACCUCACAGAAAAGGUGCUAUACACAAAAACUGGAUAGGAUUUCUGGUAGUAAGGUUGGAUUCCCUCAGAAUCUAAAAAAAAGAAAUGUUAAAUUUUGGAAUGAAAAGCACAACUACUAUUGGGUGGUUUCUGGUUAAUAAUAUAUCUAAAUAUAUACAUAAUUUAGAAGAAUAAAAUUUAUCAUUUUUUUAUUUUUUUUUUUAUUUUUUUGUCAUUGUAUUGAUUACCUAGUUAUGUAAAGAUUUUGUAAUUAAUAUUACUUUAUUCUUUACACAAUAUUAAUUAAAUUUGGUAAUUUAAAUUAAAUAAGUUAAUUCGUGAUUAAAUCGAUAUACGUUUUCGAAAUCUCGAUUUUAAUACAGACAUCUGCUAAAGCAAUUUGAUGAUUUAGAUGAUUUUCUUUUCAUCACAAAAUAUUUUUCAGAGAAAUUGAAGACACGGUUUACUAAUUUUUUCCAGUAUAGAAAAUAGUUCUUCUUUUUCCCUUAAUCAAUCCUUUUAAUAUUAUUAUAUGGCAUAUGAUGUUUAUGUAUUUAUACAAAAUUUAAUUUUUUUUUUAGGUUGUCACUAUCCAAACUUUUAACCUCUGAAAAAUUUAUAAUAAAAUUGUCAAACAACUAUCACAAAUUUCUUGAGGAAGAGGUAAACUAUUUUACUCCAAAUAAAAAAUGUACUGUUAAUUUAGCAUUAUUCAUUGUUUAAGUAUGCAUUUACGUAUGUUGAAUAUAUUUAAUUUAAUAUAGAUCUACUGGGUUUAAUGUGAUACACAAAUUUGUUUAUAUUAGAGAUGAGCAUUAUCAAAACCGUUAUCAUAUUUAUAAUGUUUUUUUUUAAAUAUUUAAAAUUCUAUUUUUUAUAAGUAAAAUUUUACAUUAACUUCAAAAUUUUUCAUACUAAACAAAUCACAUUUCUUUUUCCAGUGCACAUUGGAUGCUAAGAAUACAAAUAAAUUGGAUGGGUGUGAAAACAAAACUAAGUACAUUCUAAAUUUUAUAUCGUAUUCAUCUAAUAUUUUAUAAAAUACUUGCAAUUUUUUUUUUUUAGUAGUUCAUCAGAAAUAAAUUUGACAAUGAAAAAAAUUGAUCUAAAUCUAGAUAGUAUGUGGGACAUUCCUAAUAAUAAUAUGGCCACAUCAAGUAAUACUGACAAUUUUACUCAUAAUUAUCAACUUAAGAGUGUUGAUUAUGAUUUCAAAAGAAAGAAGGAAGGAAUUAACAAAGAUAAAGAUGCAACGCUACCUGAAUUUUCAGAUAGUCGUUUACAGGUUAAUGAACUUAUUGGUUUAGAAGCCAUAGAAAAAUUAGAUACAGCUGAUGAAUCCAUCUCAAAUACAUUAUCGCUACACUCUCAACCACAAUUUAUUGUUAGUUCAGUAUUAAGUAAAUCAUCUACUGUCCCUGAUAAAUUAAAUACUGACAUAAAUGUAUUUCAUAAAAUUGGCUCUUCAAAUGAUCCUAAACAAAAGUUAAUUACUCCUUUAAAACCAGACACUCUAAUUGAUCAUACAAAUUCAAAAUUGACUCGUGCUUCAUUACUCAUGGAAUCUAUAAGAUCAGUUGUUCCAUCAAACAAUAAGAAUACUGAUGAUAAACGGUUUCAGCGACCUGAUAAUGGUUCUCAACAUGACUCAUUGUCUGUUUAUAAUGGACAAACUAGCCAAAAAGCCAAAUAUGGCAAAGGAAAAUAUUCCAACUACAGCGAUAGAAUAGAUCAAAAAGAAAAAGUUGGCCAAUGUAUGUUAAAUUUGGAAAAUCAAAAAUUCAAAAGUUCAAAUAGAACUAAUGCCAAAGAAUCAACUUCUAGUUUUGGUGUUAAAAAUAGUACAGAUAAAAUAAUAAACUGUAAAAUACCAAUAAUUAAACAUAUAGAAGAAUUGAUUGAACAGAACACGAAAAAAAAUAUGACAGAAACAGUGAUAAUUAAAAAUAAUUUCAAAAUAAAUUCUCUUACUGACACAAUUGAAGACAAUGCCUUGAAAAAAUCCUCUGCAACAGAAAUAAUUACCAAUUGUAAAAUAGAAAAAAAGUUAAAAACCGGAACAAUUAAUGAUGAUGAUAAAAUAGAAUCAGGCAAUGAUAAGAGUCAUGAAAUUAGUCUUAAGAAGUCAGUUAUAAAUAUAGAUAAUAAGGACGAAAAAAAAAUUGCCAAAAAACAAUGUCAUAUUAUUAAAGAAUCGACUAGGGCGAAAAAAAUCAAAAUGUGUUCUGAAGAAACGGAAGUUGAAAAAAUUGUUAAAGAAGCUUCGAGUUUAAAAGAAGAUACUUGUGGCCCAAAAAUCAGAACAAGAAGUUCUCUAAAGAAAAUCGGAGAACCUCUAAAAGAGGUUGUGCCGAAUAAAAAAAGGAUAUGUUUGGAUAUAAGAGAACAUAGUGAAAAUAUUGAAUACGUUGAGAAUGUUAAUACUGAGCAAGAUGUUAUUUUGUCUACAUCAAUAGAAGAAUCUGAAGGAGUUACUCCAAUCAAAAGGGAGUGUACAAAUUUUGAAGAAAGUAUUGUGUCUUCUAAUGAGUUAAGUUCCACAGUUGACACGAGAACGAAUCCAAUAUAUCUCAGUUCUAAAGUUGAUUUGCAAAAUCCUGGAAUAUUGACUAUAUUUGAGUUACUUCGGGACGAACAAAAACAGUUAAAAUUAAAGGAGUUUUUAAAUGCAACAGACACAAAAAAUAUCAGAGAUGAUGAACCGAAAUGUAAAAAUGUGUCAAGCGAAGAACAUUCUCAUUUCGAGCACAACAAAUUGAAAGAGAAGAAGGGAAGAAAACUUGACAAGAAUAAUACUAUUGUUGUUAAAAAUUCAUCAAACAAUCAAGAGAGUAAAAAUGCAUUAUUGAAUACAUGUUUAGAUAAUGAUUUUAACAAAGGAAGUAUGGUAAUUGAAAACUCUAAUUCUGGAAUUAAUUUUGACCAUUCAUCAACUAGUCAAGGUAAAGUUAAAUUAAGCAAACAAAAAAAAUUAAAAAAAAAUUACGGAAAUUUUAAAAUAAAAAAUAAAAACUUACCCGAUAAUGAAAUUCAAGAUUUAAAAGUUGUUAUUACAAGAUGCGAUAAAAAUAGUAGUUUUACGGAUAAAAAUGAUCAAUUCAAGAUCAGACCUAAUUAUGAAAUUAUUUCCAAAGAAAAAUCAAACAAAUCAAAUUGUAAACUAAAAAAUAAAAAAAUAAAAACUAAUGAGAUUGAAGAAAAAGAUGUUCCGUCUGUUUUGGCGAAACCCCAGAAAAAAGAUCCUAUAAACGAAAAUCCUACACUGGGAAUAUCAACUUUACAAGAUCAAUAUAACACUAUUGACCAAAGUUCAGAAAAAAUGACUACACUUCAGUCCAAUGUUAACAAUACAACUGUUAGGAAAAGGACCAAACGCUAUAUUACUGAAUUAGAAAAACUCCGACUUGGCGCUGGUCAAGCGUAUGGUUCUGAUGAUGUGUUACAUGAACGUAGGAUUCGAAAAUGUAGACAAAAUAAAAAAAUCGAUUAUUGUUACACUAAUACUGUAGUAUUAUCCGAAAAAAAUUAUAGUUCCACUAUUGAACAAUUAGAUGAUCAAGCUAAUAUAUCUAUUAGUAAUAAUAAAAAAUCCAAAACUUUUAAAAAACAAACAAAGAAUAAAAAAAAAACUAUUCAAGUGAAAACUUUAAAAGCUUUAACACCAGAAGAUUUUAAGGACAAAUUAUAUUUUCAAACUGUUGAUAACAAGUUGGAAUGCAAAUUAUGCAGUUAUAAUGAUAUAGGACUAAAAAUCGUUCGCCAUUAUAAAGAAGAUCAUUCUGUGGAAGAAAUGUUACCAUCCAGGUUAUCUGUAGACACCGCUGAAAUAUUGAUAAAUGAAUCCGUGAAAGAAAAUUUUGGAAUUUUAAAUGUUCUCGAUUUAAAGCCAUUAAGUGAUGUGGUGCUUGUCAACAUCACUUUGACAUGUGUUUUUUGUUACUCUAUCUUUUAUGAUAUUACGUGCUUUUAUGAUCAUAUUACUUGUCACACUGGUGAAUAUAGAUAUAAUUGUAAAGUGUGCAAAAUGACUUACCCCAACGUACUUGAGUUAGACAAACAUAUUUCAGAGCAUACUAAUUAUGAUAAAUCUGGAGGAAUUUUCCACUUAUCGCAAUCAAAUCCAGUCGGAAGUAAUACAAUUUUUGGUUAUUUAUGCCCGUUUUGUUAUUACAUACAACUUGAUUAUCAAAGAACACUUAACCAUAUGAUAGAACGACAUUUCAAUGAAGAUAAAAAGUUGAAUAGCUAUUGGACUAUCAUACGAGUUAAUAUGUCUAUUGGAGAUGAUAAAUACACAAAUUCCAUAGUGGAUUAUAGCAAUUUGGUUGGAUGUUUACCUCUUAUCUUAAAUGAUAAAGUUAUUUUAAAAGACGAAAAUCAAACACAAAAAACUGGUGUUUCUACAAUAGUUGUGAAAAAUAAACAGGCAAUGAAAAACGCAGGAUCUUCAGGGAUACAUUUGUACAAUGAAGUUGAAGUACAUUUGCCAAAGUUAAAUAUAAAUUCAUUGGUAAAUAAAAUUCGAG